AUGGCGGAUCCCGUCCCGGCCGCCCCUCUGCACCUGCUGAUGCCGUCGGGGCUGCUGGAGCUGUGCGCGCUGCUGGGCGCCCCCCAGGACAGCCUCCGACAGCUGGACCAGAUUGCUCAGAAGAAAGGUGUCAAAAAUCUUCCUUCUCUUGAUCCCGAAGUUCUUUCCGUGUUUGUUCCUCCAUUUAUCAGCAAAGAGGAGGCUCCAAUUACCAAUACAAAUUGCACGAAUGUGAAUAAAGCAAGACGGCGCUCUUUCAGAAAGAAGAGGGAGAAACCCAAAGUCGAAAGUUUGAAGAGGAUCCCUGAGGACCAGAAAGUGCCAGACACAGAAGAUGUUAGUAUUCCCAAUGACGUUGAUCUUGUUGCCUUGCCACAGCUGUGUUUUCCAGGAGGGCUUUCGGCUGUUUCGGAAUUAAAAGAGGACCACGUCCACUUCCUGGUCCUGACUGAUGUGUGUGGGAACAGAACUUAUGGAGUGGUCGCUCAGUACUACAGGCCUGUGCAGGAUGAAUAUUGUUUCUACAAUGGCAAACCUCAUUGGGAAUCUUCUGGGCAGACAGCUAGAGCUUCUGGCUGCUUCGUGCCCUUUGCCAUUUGUGUCAUCUCUAGAUACCCAUAUUACAACUCUUUCAAAGACUGUCUCUCCUGCCUGUUGGUGCAUCUGAAACUUUGUAAGGAUUUUGAUGUUGAUGAUCAUAUCAGAGAAUUUGCUGCAAAACUUUCUUUAAUCCCAAGCCCUCCACCAGGACCACUCCAUUUGAUAUUUAACAUGAAGCCUCUACAGAUUGUGUUUCCUUCCCGAGUGGAACCUGACAGUCCGAUUAUCGACUUGGAUCUUCAUCUUCCAUUGCUGUGCUUCACACCUGAGAAGGUGCUUCAGAUCAUAACAUGCAUUUUGACAGAACAGAGGCUAGUGUUCUUCUCUUCCGAUUGGGCCCUGCUCACCAUCGUGGCGGAGUGCUUCAUGCUGUACCUGUACCCGAUCCAGUGGCAGCACACAUUUGUGCCCAUCCUCUCGGGCCAGAUGUUGGAUUUCGUCAUGGCUCCCACAUCCUUCCUCAUGGGCUGUCAUCUCGAUCACUUUGAAGAAGUCAGCACGGAAGGAGAUGAUUUAAUUCUAAUAAACAUUGAUAAUGGAAACAUUACCUGCACCAAGUCCUCAGGUGGUGAGAUUGACAUUCCAGAUAUUCCAUCCCAAGCAGCACAAACGUUUAUUCAAAGGUUAGAGAGCCUUCAAUUGCAUUAUGAUCUGGAACUCUCCCAUCUCAGUUCCAGCACAGACCUGAGUGAAGUGCAAAUGCGUAGAAGGAUGUGGCAGCAAAAGCUGAACUCUGAAGUGCAGCAGAUCACAUUACAGCUAAUUGUCAGCAUCUUCAGGGAAGUAAAGAGUCAUCUGAACUACGAACAUAGAGUGUUCAACAGUGAAGAAUUUCUAAAAACAAGAGCAGCGGGGGAUCAGCCAUUUUAUAAAAAGGUAUUAGAAACCUAUAUGUUUCACUCUUUCCUUAAAGCUCGUCUUAACAGAAGGAUGGAUGCUUUUGCCCAAAUGGAGCUUAGCACUCAGUCCGAAGAAGACAGGAUAAGUAUGACUCUUGUGAGUCCCAGACGUCCGACAAUGGAGAAAAUGGCCUCCAGAAGACUGACUCCCCAGCAGCUGCACAAUAGGCGGAUGGUAAUUAGCAUGCCCAACCUACAGGACAUCAAGUUGCCUGAGUUACCACCAAGGAAUUCCUCCCUCCGAAAAAUGGAAACUGCAAGCAAAUCAGGGAAGAGUACAGUUCUGAAGGUGACCUCCAAAUCAGUGUAUACAUUCAAGAUACCAGAAAUUCACUUUCCACUGGUGAGUCAGUGUGUUCACUCCUAUUAUACUGAUUUUAUCAACCUCCUAAGUAAAGCUAUCAGCUUUUUGCCACCUGAUAACUCUGCCCUGCUGGCAAGGUAUUUCUACCUUCGAGGACUUAUUCAUUUGAUGCAAGGGAAGUUGUUGAAUGCACUUUCAGACUUUCAAAAUCUGUACAAAACGGACAUAAGAAUUUUUCCAGCUGAUCUUGUGAAGAAAGUGGUUGAAUCAAUGGCCUCUCCUGAACGUUCCCAAGCAGACCGGAAACCUGAACUAAAAAGGCUGAUAAGUGAAGUAAUGGAAAAGCAGAGAGAAGUCACCAAGGUGGAUGACCACGUGAAAAAGUUUGAAUUGCCCAGGACACAUAUGCAGCUGGAUGAUUUUGUGAAGCGAAUCCAAGAGUCAGGAAUCGUGAAGGACACUGAUAUUAUACAUCGACUGUUUGAUGCCUUAACUGUCGGACACCAGAAACAGAUUGACCCUGAAACAUUCAAAGAUUUCUACAGCUACUGGAAAGAGUCAGAAGCAGAGGCCCAAGAAGUCAGUCUUCCACCUUCAGUAAUAGAGCAUCUUGACAAGAACGAGUGUGUUUACAAACUGUCAAGCUCGGUGAAGACAAACCGUGGGCUGGGGAAAAUUGCCAUGACUCAGAAGCGUCUGUUCCUUUUAACUGAAGGACAACCGGGUUAUGUUGAAAUCUCAACUUUCAGAAACAUAGAGGAAGUUAAAAGUACAACAGUAGCUUUUUUGCUUCUUCGUAUACCAACUCUGAAAAUUAAAACAGUAUCCAGAAAAGAAGUUUUUGAAGCUAAUCUUAAAAGUGAAUGUGACCUUUGGCAUUUGAUGGUGAAAGAGAUGUGGGCUGGGAAGAAAAUGGCAGAUGAGUAUAAGGAUCCUCAGUACAUCCAGCAAGCCCUAACGAAUGUUCUGCUAAUGGAUGCCGUGGUUGGGGCCCUACAGACCUCUAAUUCAAUUUAUGCUGCCUCCAAAUUGUCAUAUUUUGAUAAGAUGAAGAAUGAAAUGCCUAUGAUGGUCCCAAAAACAACCUCAGAAACGCUGAAGCACAAAAUAAAUCCUUCAGCUGGAGAAACCUUUCCACAGGCCAUUGACAUCUUGUUGUAUACGCCAGGGCACCUGGAUCCAGCAGAAAGAGAUGAAGAUGCCCACCCCAAAUUGUGGUGUGCGCUAAGUGAAGGCAAGGUCAUUGUGUUUGAUGCCUCUUCCUGGACAAUUCACCAACAGUGCUUUAAAGUGGGCAGCGCUAAACUGAAUUGCAUGCUGAUGGCAGAGCAGAGUCAAGUGUGGAUUGGUUCUCAAGAUUCAAUCAUCUACAUAAUCAACAUUCACAGUAUGUCUUGUAAUAAGCAACUAACUGAUCAUCGCUCUGGUGUCAUGGAUUUAAUUGUUGAAGAUGAAACCAAGAUAUCCAGAAACAGCGUAGCCUAUUCAUGCAGCUCGGACGGGACCAUCAUCGUGUGGAAUACCAGCACGUUGAAAGUAAACAGUAGAUUCCAACUGACAUGCGAAAACCUCACUUCAAUCAAAUUUCAUAACAACCGCCUUUGGUGCUGUACAGGGAAGAGCAUAGUGGUCAUGACAACCAAUGGGUUUUUUCGACAAGAGGUGACAAUUGAAGAGAACCUGAAGGACAUAGGUUCCUCUUUCCUAUGCUUCCAGCUGGUCCCCGAGCAAGAUGAGGUGUGGACCGUCGGCCUGGGGUCCAGCGGGGUGUGCGUGUGGAAUAUGAAAGACCUGUCCAGGCCCCCUCACAGGAUCGCCCUGCAGGGCUGCUCCGAGAUCAGCUGUGUGAUCCGCGUCAAGAACCAGAUAUGGAUUGGCAGUAAAGGACUCUCUCAGGCAAAGUCCAAGGGAAAAAUCUAUGUGAUUGAUGCUGAGAAGAAAACAGUAGAGAAAGAGUUGGUGGCCCAUGCCGAUAUGGUGAGAGCACUGUGCUCAGCUGAAGACAGAUAUGUUCUAAGUGGAUCAGGAAAAGAAGAAGGAAAGAUUGCUAUUUGGAAAGUUGACUAGUUUUCACUCGGGGGAUAACAGAAUGUAAGCAGGAAGAGAGUGACCCGAGGGUAUCUUUAACUCCAGAGUUUGGCCUCCUGCAUUUUCAGUAUUUUGUGUUCCGAUGACAAGGCGGUAGGACAACAAACUGUUUGACAUCUCUGCCUUGGGUGUGCCAAAAUAACUGGGUGGACGGGUCGUGGGUUUUCUCUCUUAGAAUGUGCCUCCACCCUUGGCAUGUACACGAGAAGAUCCUUGUUGCCCCAAUGUCACUGCUCACACACCUCUUGUAUAAACAAAGUACUGGAGUUUUGUUGUAAUAUUUCUCACCAAGUCAGUAUGCCCCAGGGAAGAAAAGUCAUUGGUUUAGAGCAGUCUGUCUGUAGGUCCAGAGGGACGGUCACUGAUGGAGUCUACCAGCUGGACCCAGGGGACCGUGGCUCAUUGCCAAGGUGAGGGGCUUCUGGGGAGUCUGUCAGUCAGUCAAUCAUAUUUAUUGAGCCCUUACUUUGUGGAGAGAAUUCAUUCA